ACUUCCGGAGACCCGAAUGAAUACUGCUUGAAUUGUCUACUGUGCUCUUUUCUUUGUUAUAUUUUCAUUUCUAUUGUUGGCUGAGGAAGGCUUUAUGCCGAAACGUCCGUGUUUUUUGUCCUGUCAUCUUAUUUCAAGCUUCCACAUACCUCGUUUCGCUAUUUCAUUCAUUUAAAUUAACAGUCAGUUUUCAGUUAUUCUACUGAUUAGUUCAAUAAAUUUCUACUUUUUUUGUCAUUAUUUUUAUAUUGCUCUACAUGCUUGACACUCCUCAGCAUUCCAAGUUAUUCCUUUAAAAAAUUAUAAUUUAAAAUAUUUGCAUAUAAAGCAAUUUAACCAUCAUGAAAGAAAAUAAUCUUAUUAUUCCUAUUUCAUUCCUUAUCAUUUGAACAUUCAGUCAUUUGGCAACUACUUACCAUCCAGUGCUGAACAACCAUUAAUUUGUGCCCAUUUUAAAAUUCAAUCUGAUUCUGUGAACAAAACAAGUUUAUGGGAGGAACAAAAACUUACUAUCACAUUGGAAAAACACAAGUCAUUCAUUUCUGUAAGUUAAAUAAUCUUUCAUUAAAAAAAUGUGUUCAAUAUGAAAUGAUUAUUAACCAUUGUUAUUAAAUUAUUUAACUUAUAUAAUAACUGAUCAAGAUAAUGUCUAUAAGUUUGAAUCUUAUAAUCUUUGUAUUUAUUUAUAAACGAUUAAUUUAUCUUGGUAUUUAUAGUUGAGAGUCAGUUAUGAGCUCAAAUUUAGUUCAAGAAUGAUUUGUUUAAUUUUUCAAAAGUUAUGCUGACUAAAAUUACUGUAUUUAUUGGCGUAUAACAUGCAAUUUUUCUCCCUGAAAAUAGGGGGCAAAUGAUGUGUGCAUGUCAUAUGCCGAUAUAAUGUUUAGUUUUUUUUCCUGAAAUUUCCUUCUUAAAUUGAGGUGCGUGUUAUACGCGGGGGCGUGUUAUACGCCAAUAAAUACGGUAUAUUUAAUCGCAUAAACUUUUUAAAGAUUAUGUUUAAUUAAGUAACAUGCAAACAAAGAAACUAAACUUUUAAUAUGUAGGCUACAGAAAUUGACUCUUUAACUGAACAUUUAAUCUAUACAGAAAGGGCACAAUGAAAGUCACUCUCUAGUCCAUCUCCAGUGCAUGACUACUGACCUUGAUCCCCACAAAUUAUUAACAUUCAUCAAGCAAGCAAGGUCAUACAAUGCACUAGCUAAAGGAAUGAUUUUGUACACAUGCAGGUGAGUUAAGAUGUGUUUACUUGCACGUGAGAUAAUGGUUGUAUACAUGCAGGUGAGUUAAUGUUUACGAUCUCAAACAGUUAUAAUAAUUUCCUUAUCACUGAUUGGUGAAUAGUUGGACAAUAUGUCUCACUAUUGAUUAAUUUUUACAAUAGUAGCAGUUUUAUUUCAAACAGAAUCACUGUUUGCUUAUUUUUGUGUACAAGUGUACACCUAUUUAAGCUGUGGUUCUCAGCCAAUGUUGUCCUAUGAAUCCUAUGUUGAGUCAGUUUGCCCAAUGAUUACUACUCAGAAUGAUUCAUUAAUAUUAUUAGCAAUAUAUUUGAUAAUAACACAUACGAAAGGAACCAAUUACCAUUCAAUUACCUUUACAUUACUAACAUCACUGAGGCUAGUAACCCAUUAAUGAUUAAAUGAAAUGAUAAAUUAUGUUAUUGAGAUUUUAAUAUAAAAUAAAGUCAUAAUUAAGCUACAUUUCUUUUCCUUUGAAGAUAAGUGAACACUCCAUUAAAAAGCAAAAUGUAUUUUUUAUUUGAAGAAUUUUUUUAAUCGUAGUCAAUUUUUUCCCCCAAAACUUAGAAAUGGCGCUAGAUACAGUGGCCUGGCCUGUGUGUUGUCGCUCCUGGUGGACAGAAUGGAACAUGAUUCAUGCCUGACAGUUCCCCUUGUUGUUGGAUCGGUCAAGUCCAUAAGACCAGAGGUUAUCCCCACUGUGGUGAGUUGAGGAUUUACAUCAUAAUGUCGUACACAUUUGUAGUAGCUCAUUCCUCUCUUCAUUGUAGCUCAUUCCUCUCUUCAUUGUAGCUCAUUCCUCUCUUCAUUGUAGCUCAUUCCUCUCUUCAUUGUAGCUCAUUCCUCUCUUCAUUGUAGCCCAUUCCUCUCUUCAUUGUAGCUCAUUCCUCUCUUCAUUGUAGCUCAUUCCUCUCUUCAUUGUAGCUCAUUCCUCUCUUCAUUGUAGCCCAUUCCUCUCUUCAUUGUAGCUCAUUCCUCUCUUCAUUGUAGCUCAUUCCUCUCUUCAUUGUAGCUCAUUCCUCUCUUCAUUGUAGCUCAUUCCUCUUUUCAUUGUAGCUCAUUCCUCUCUUCAUUGUAGCUCAUUCCUCUCUUCAUUGUAGCUUACUGGAAUCACAUAAAUAUCUUGAACUAUUAUCUUACACUAUAUUAUAAACCAAUGGUUCUUAAAAUAGGAUGUACAAUUGUUGGGGGUGCGGCUAAAUAGCUCUGAAGAUUUAGGGGCAGUGGCGAAUGAAAUCUCAAUUAUUUUAAAUAAUUCCAACAAACCAUCAAACAAAGAAAUAUUCAAAAGAGGAUAUACUAUUUGAGGGCCAUAAAUAGACAUCAAUUAAAGAUCAUAGAGAAAUGACCUUGGUUAUAAACCAAAAUCCAAAGUACAAGUGGUGAUACCAACAAUAAAAAUGUAUGGGCUAGUUAGCGAGGCCCUAUGAAUAGACCUCACGUUUUUGUUCAUGGGCAAAAAUCCUAGACAUUCUGUGUGCUGGGUGGCCAAGUGGGCUUCUAAACUUAGCCAAUCCCAAGACUUGAGUUCAAUCCCCAGCAAAAACAUAACCAGCACCCCAGGUGAAUGGGACUUGUUGACCUUGGAUGACGACUCACCUGGAGUCAUGCAUGAGGCAAGGCAAUGACACAAUGAAAAUUCCGACAACUGCUACAACAUAGAAGAGCACAAUGAAAUACAGAAGAAACACUGCUGGUCAUCUACUGCAUCCUGGUCUAUUUUACAGUCAUCUUGGCUAAGACCUGCCAUUGGAUCAAAUAGGCGAUGGCAAGAAAGUGAGGCUAGUGACCUGAGCAACUCUCCCUCACUUUCAACCAAACACAGCUCAAGUCAAGGCUACAACUCAAGUCAAGGCUACAACUCAAGUCAAGGCUACAACUCAAGUCAAGGCUACAACUCAAGUCAAGGCUACAACUCAAGUCAAGGCUACAACUCAAGUCAAGGCUACAACUCAAGUCAAGGCUACAACUCAAGUCAAGGCUACAGCUCAAGUCAAGGCUGUUACUUAAGUUGAAAAUUGCCUUGGUCAUCUUUGUGUGCAAAGGAUGAACAAUAAUAAUGAUAGUAAUAAUAAUAAUAAUAAUAAUAUGCUAGACAUUCUCAUUACGUCCAUAAGUUCCGUUCUGAGAAGACAAACCAGAUUUUGGACGUGUGUUACUUCAUAAUGAAGUUUGUUGGCAUUGAAAGGCAUCUGCAUAUGUGAAGACUUCGUUUCUUACAACAGCCAAAUCGGUCAUUUGCGAGGAAUAUCUAAAAAUUAAAUUAACAAAUAAAUUUGCAGUUGCGAGUAAAAAUGUUGGCAAUCACGAGGUGUUCAGGUCUACAAGAAACUGAGGAAACAAAAGUAUUCUCGCACUAUUUGGAUAAGUUAAGUAAAGAUAUUUCUAAGCAAUUAGAGAAUCUUCUCAAAUUCAGAUAAUUCUUAUGGAAAUUCAGAGAUGGGGGAUGGUCUGAAAUGUAUUUAUUUAUUUUGAACAGGACCAGUACAGAGUUCUCUAUGAUGUGCUACAACGAUCCACUGACACCGCCCAGUAUGGCAACGUUGGCAAUUUCACCACAGCAACAAAAAGUUCUGAUCUAAGUUUGGAUAAAGACGCAAAUACAUACGCCAACCUUUAGCCUGAUUAUAAACUUAUAUUGCUGUUAUAAGAAGUAUUGCCUUUAAGCUGAGUUGCUGUGUGGCGUCGGACAUUAAGUACGGGAAUACAGGGACUAGGACCCAGUCUAGGGAUUUUAUAAUCAUCAAUAUGCAUGUUUUUUUAUUCGUUUUGAAAUAAAGAUCCUUUGCAACAAUGACCCCUUUCAGCAAUGACCCCUUUCAACAAUGAACCCUUUCAGCAAUGACCCCUUUCAACAAUGACCCCUUUCAACAAUGACCCCUUUCAACAAUGACCCCUUUCAACAAUGACCCCUUUCAACAAUGACCCCUUUCAGCAAUGACCCCUUCAACAAUGACCCCUUUCAACAAUGACCCCUUUCAACAAUGACCCCUUUCAACAAUGACCCCUUUCAACAAUGACCCCUUUCAGCAAUGACGCCUUUCAACAAUGACCCCUUUCAGCAAUGUCCCCUUCAACAAUGACCCCUUUCAACAAUGACCCCUUUCAACAAUGACCCCUUUCAACAAUGACCCCUUUCAACAAUGACCCCUUUCAGCAAUGACGCCUUUCAACAAUGACCCCUUUCAACAAUGACCCCUUUCAACAAUGACCCUUUUUUGACACAUUGACCCUUUGCAAUAACAACCCCUUGCAAUGUUGACCCUUGCAACAAUGACCCUUAUAGCAGCAUUGACCCUUUACAAGAAUGACCCUUGUUUGUUUGUUUUUCACCAGUAUUGAUUGAUUACAUGGUAUAACUAAAAAUAACACUUCUUUUUUUGUACAAAUUUUGUGCUCCGUAGCUUUAUAAAUAACCCACAGAUGAUGUCCACCAACAAACAGAGGGCAUUCGUAAACGUGCUGAUUAUAUAUGUACAUAAACAAAAAUUCUAUCACAGAAGUUACGUUGUUUCAAGUUAAAGGGGAAUACAUGGUAUAUUUUGAAAUCAAGAAGAAUUUAUGUCCUGUACAAAUGUAUUUUUUAAUGUAAUACUGUGUAUAAACAUGUUUGGAGGAAUUUUUUUAAUAAACUACAUCAACUGUCUACUCACUACGUGUGGGGUAUCAGUGUGUGUGGGUGGUGUGGUGUGUGUGGGUGUAUACAUGCAGAUUUGUGUGGGUGUGUGUACCUGCGGACUUGUGUGUGUAUGUGUGAUUAUAACCAUUCAAAUAAAAAUAUCUAAUUAAUUAAAAUG